AUGGACCUCGGGUAUCGUAUGUCUCAGAGAACCACUAGUAGCAAUUCAAGCAACUUCCUUAAAAUCCUGGUUGACCCAUCGGAACCAACGGUAGAUAUCGUUGCUGUUCACGGUCUCAAUCCACUCGACAAGGAAUCACAUGCAGAAGCCACAUGGACGAGCGGGGGUAGAUUAUGGCUUAGGGACUUGCUCCCGACACGGGCCCCUAAUGCAAGGAUACUGCUCUUUGGGUAUAAUGCGAAUGUGGCAUUUCGAACAACCGCCGCGGGCCUGAGGGAACAGGCAGAAAACCUUCUAAAUCAACUCGACAGACACAGGGCUGAGGAACCUUCCCGUCCUUUAAUAUUCAUAUGCCAUAGCCUAGGUGGCCUCAUGGUAAAGCGGGCUCUGGUCCAUUCUAAAGCUGAUGAGACCUACAAAAUGAUCUGGGGGUCAACAUAUGGCAUUGUGUUCUUUGGAACUCCACAUAAAGGGGGUAAUCACGCAGGAAUGGGUGAUAUGGUAGCAAAGAUUGCCCGCUCUAUAUUAGGGAACCCUAACAACACUUUCAUGAGCUCCCUGAAGAAAGACUCCCAAUUUCUUGAUACUAUCACGGAUGAUUUCCGUCAACUUCUCGAAGACUUCCAAAUCCUGAGUUUCUAUGAAACCCAGCCUCUCGGUCGCCUAGGCAUUGUUGUGGAUCAGAAAUCUGCUGUCCUUGGAUUGCCAGGAACUCGCGAGAAGCAAUUGGCUUUAGAGGCUAACCAUAGCAACAUCUGCAAGUUUAGCUGCGGCGAAGACCCAAGAUAUCAACUUGUGGCAGAUAAUAUAAUUGACAUGAUCGAAAGUGCCUGUUCCUCUCAGAAGCGUUCUAGUUCCAUGAGUUCAUGUCCUAGAGGCAACGAUUCAAGCAGCGAAGGGCAACAUAAUGCUGUAUUGCAGGCAGGGAAUGGCAACGCAUGCCGAGCGUGCGGUAACGCGAACAAGACCUAUCAAUUCGGCAACAUGAACAACAGCAAAUCAGAUGGGGAUGGGAACGAAACUACGCAGAUUUCUAUAGGGGCUAUUGACAUGGGAUCAUAUAAGGAAUUAUUCAGUUUCCUAAAUUGGGUACAUUCCUAA